GCACAAAGGAAUUCCUCACCCCAAGCCCCCUGACCGCCAGCGAGUAAAGAAGCAGAUUUGUUCUCCCUCCCCUUUCCUCCCUCCCAUCUUCCCACCCGGGUUGUGCCCAGGCCACAGAGCGGCUGCAGGCCUUGGGAGAGGACCCACACAGCCUCCUGUAGGUGGCAACAGUGCCACCUGUUUGACUCAGAGGGCUGAACCGAAGACUGAAAAAGGGAGGAGGCAGACCACUCGGAGAGGAGCUGGGAAGCAGUACAGAGAGCAGAGCGGAGUGGAGCUGCUGCUGAGCAAAGGCCUUCACCAUGGCCGAGUCCCUCGGCUGCUGCUCCGUCUGGGCCCGCUGCCUCCACUGCCUGUAUAGCUGCCACUGGAGGAAAUGCCCCAGAGAGAGGAUGCAAACCAGCAAGUGUGACUGUAUCUGGUUUGGCCUGCUCUUCCUCACCUUCCUGCUCUCCCUGAGCUGGCUGUACAUCGGGCUCGUCCUUCUCAAUGACCUGCACAACUUCAAUGAAUUCCUCUUCCGCCGCUGGGGACGCUGGAUGGACUGGUCCCUGGCACUCCUGCUGGUCAUCUCUCUACUGGUCACAUAUGCAUCCUUGCUAUUGGUCCUGGCCCUGCUCCUGCAGCUUUGUAGACAGCCCCUGCAUCUGCACAGCCUCCACAAGGUGCUGCUGCUCCUCAUUAUGCUUCUCGUGGCCGCUGGCCUUGUGGGACUGGACAUCCAAUGGCAGCAGGAGUGGCAUAGUUUGCGUGUGUCACUGCAGGCCACAGCCCCAUUCCUUCAUGUUGGAGCAGUCGCUGGAAUCACCCUCCUGGCCUGGCCUGUGGCUGAUACCUUCUACCGUAUCCACCGAAGAGGUCCCAAGAUUCUGCUACUGCUCCUGUUUUUUGGAGUUGUCCUGGUCAUCUACUUGGCCCCCCUAUACAUCUCCUCACCCUGCAUCAUGGAACCCACGGACUUACCACCCAAGCCUGGGCUGGUGGGACACCGAGGGGCCCCCAUGCUGGCUCCCGAGAACACCCUGAUGUCCUUGCGGAAGACAGCUGAAUGCGGAGCUACUGUGUUUGAGACUGAUGUGAUGAUCAGCUCCGACGGGAUCCCCUUCCUCAUGCAUGAUGAGCACCUGAGCAGGACCACGAAUGUAGCCUCUGUAUUCCCAACCCGAACCACAGCCCACAGCAGUGACUUCUCCUGGGCUGAACUGAAGAGACUCAAUGCUGGGGCCUGGUUCCUAGAGAGGCGACCCUUCUGGGGGGCCAAACCGCUGGCAGGCCCUGAUCAGAAAGAGGCUGAGAGUCAGACAGUACCAGCAUUAGAAGAGCUACUGGAGGAAGCUGCAGCCCUCAACCUUUCCAUCAUGUUCGACUUGCGCCGACCUCCACAGAACCACACAUACUAUGACACUUUUGUGAUUCAGACACUGGAGACGGUGCUGAAUGCAAGGGUUCCCCAAGCCAUGGUGAUGUUGACAGGACACCCUCUCCCUACCCUGCCUUCCCUAGGCCAUGAUGAUGAUGAUGAUUUUGAGACUGUCCCUGGCCCCAGGGUGCCCCAGCUCACAUAUCCCAUUCUGUGGUCAAACCUCUCUGCCCCUGUCCCUGCCCUUGGAAUCCCAAGGUCUUCCCCAGCUUCACACCCAUCCUUCCUGAACCACAGGUCUUCUGGCUACCUGAUGAAGACCGGGCUAACGUCCAACGACGGGCACCUGGAAUGCGCCAGAUAUAUGGACAUCAGGGAGGCAACAGAACUGAGAGGGCCCAGUUUCUCAACCUCCCCUAUCAAGAUCUGCCACUGUUGGAUAUCACAGCCCUCAGAACUACCUGAUCAUGUGGGCCAUUACCAAUUGUGUCUCCACCAUGCUGCUUUUGUGGAUCUUCCUCCUCCGAAGGAGAUUUGGUAAGAAGAGACAGAAAACUGGCUUAGAAACAGCAGUGCUGCUGACAAGGAUCAACAAUUUCGUGAUGGAAUGAAUGCCCUGCCCUGCCUCCCCACCCAAGCCAGUCUACAUUGCCCAAACAGCAAGGGUGGGAGAGUGGCUGAAGUGGAAUGCUUCGGGGGUGGUGGGUUACAGUCGGGGGAGCUUUGCCAACAGGAGGUUUUGAACCAUGAGAGCCCUCUGCCCAGAUGAUUAGCAUUCCCUAAACUGCUAUGGAAUCUGCUCCUCUUGGGGUUUUGACCUGAAGUGUUUGGGAAAACAGUGAGUCAUGAGAAGUUUCUCCCCAAAUGAAACUAGAACAGAGGAAGUAAAAGGGAGAUUGCUCGGAUAAUGUCUCAGACUUGUGUGCACCUGUUUUUGCACAGAAGGCACAGGGUGUGUCGGGGUGGGAUAGCUUGGAAGAGGGACUGAAGGAGAUGACAAAAUGGUCUUUCCCGAAGAACUAUAAGAAGAUAGAGACACCAUCGCCACCCAACGAUGUACUGUAUUCUCCGACCCUUGCAACUUAGCUGCUUUCCUGCCUAGAGGCUAGUUGCUGAAGAGCCCAUCUAGCCACGUAAUUCCGUGCUUACAGGUGGCUUUUUGCUGUGGGCAAAAACCAACCUUCAAGGCAGGUUGGUUCCUGUAUCUUGUCUUAAUCUAUUACUCAAUGAAUGUAAUCUCCAUUUG